AUGCUCCUACGUGGAAACACAAUAGCCACAAAGGCCAUGGAGAUAUUCCUGCGAAAUAACGGUGCUGAAUAUUUGCGACUUGCAUUGGGAAGGUUUAUUCGGCAAGUGAUUGCCGCAGCUAAUAACCAUCCCAUCGAUAAGAAAAUAGAGAGAGACACACUUAUGUUGCUAAUGAAGGAGGAAUCAACCGACAAGCAGGACUCUCCAAUCAAGAGUAAAAAGUCUAGAACUCUCGACUGGGAAUCCAAUGACUUCGUAGGCACCUUGAGCUUGGCUGACCAUCCUUCCCAUCUUUUAUAUAACAUCGACUGUGAAGUCGAUCCAGCCCGUCUGGCAGCAACUAAUGACUUUAUGAUUGACGGUCAAUUAACAUGUUCAGGCCUGAUUCCUUCAAAAAAUCAUACUGACUUGUGCCAAGAAUUCAUGUUAAACCGGCCGAAUUCCCUGCACAAGCGUGAACAUAUAGACUUUUCAAAAAAGGCUCAAUCUGAAACGGCACAUUUUUAUGAACAUGUUUUCAAGUCACAAUUGGAAAGGAAUAGGAGAAAUCUUCUGCGAUUUGUCGACUUGGCCUGGAGCAGCAUACUCAAUAGUGUGCACUUUUUCCCCGAGUUAGUUUGA